CUGCUACAGAAUAGCAGAGAGAGAAAAGAAAAGAAGAAAACUACUAACAUCAUCAUCUCAUUCAUUAUUUUUUUUUUUUCUUUCUUUUUCCAACCCCUAACCUAAUCUAUUUUUUUUCCAUCUCUGACCCAUUCCAUUAUUUCUCUCUCUACAUACAAUCAAAGAAGAAAAACAUAAAAAUCAAAGAGUCCACACCACAUCACAACACACUCUUUCUCUCUCAUCAAUGGCCCAGCUGGACCUAAAAUUAAGAUUGAAGAAAGAAAAACAAAAAAAGAGAAAGAAUGGGAAACAAAAAGAUAGAGAGGUGUGUUGUUAGAUUAGAUGUGUUCAAUUGUCCUCCAACCAAACCCACCUUAUUAGUAUAUGAGAAUAUGUUGCCGAAAUUACCCUUCUGCAAGCCCCCAAAAAAUGCCAUCUUCAUCACUGGUUAUUCAAAACAAGAAUAUUUUUCACCGAGUUAUGUGGGCUUUUUCGGUUUCUUUCUCUUGGUCAGAGUUUCACAGAAACACGAGAACCUUCUUAACCCUUUCCCCUUCUUUCUUCCUUUAUUAUUUUCACUAUUAUUUCGCCUCUUCUUUUUCUCUCCUCUAUUACCUCUCUCUAUAUCUAUAUCUUCUAUACCUCUCUUUCUCUCUCUUAACCUUUCUUAUUCUUUCUCUCUCUAGUUUUUUGUUUCUCUUUUCUUCUUCUCUGAUCUCGUCAUGAUGAAGAAGAUGAAAGGUGUUGCUGGUUCUAUGAAUCCUUCUUCUGAUGUGUUUAUGGAUCAGAGAUCUAUGAUGAGACACCAGAGUCUCUUGCAGGACUAUCAAGAUUUGCAUAAGGAAACAGAAGCCAUGAGAAUGAAAUUGGAAGCUGUGAAGCAGAAAAAGUUGAUUCUUUCAGCUGAAGUUAGAUUCUUAAGGCAACGAUAUGCGUAUUUGUUGAAACAUCCUCUUCCUAAGCCUCAACCAAAGCAAGAAGUUUUAAAGCCACAAAAGCUCAAAAUCAAAGAGCCAAAGAUCACAAAGGGAAGGAAUUACAAUAGAAAGGAAUCUACUUUACGACCUCACACCAGUUCUAAAUCAAACUCAAAAGAAAGAGUUUUCAAUGGAGUUGUUGAAGACACGAGGCAGAAAAGUGGCUAUGUGUUUGAUUUAAACCAGAAUGGUGGUAGAAGCUUAAGUAAAAAAGAUGGUUCUUUUCAUAGCUCUUCUGUUCCUAUGCUUGACUUGAAUCACAAAGAUAGGGUUCAUAGUGGGAAAGAAGCCACAAAGAAGAGUGUAACUCCUUUUUUCGACUUGAACCAGAUAUCGAGAGAAGAGGAGGAAUUAGAGGGAAACAAUCAGCCAAUGUGGAUUGAAGAACAAAGAGGUGUGAAUGAGGAACAGCACAAUGAUAUCAAGCUUUCAGUUUGUAGAAACCUUGGAGAAGGAUCAAGUAGGGUAGGGAAAAGGAAGAUAACAUGGCAAGACCAAGUGGCAUUAAGGGUUUGAUCAUUCAUAAGAGUAGUAUAGUACAGUUGGCUUUAACUCCUGCCAAGUUGGAAUGUGUAUUCUACCAGUUGGCUUUACUUUCAACAAAAAAAAAGCAUUCUAGUUUAUGUUUUCAUCUUGUAAAGAUAAAAUAUACUACUCUAUAGAAUCAUCAUGUCAUUAUAUGUUCAAUAUAUAUAUAAUAUUUAGAUUGAAUGAAGAA